CGCUUUCACUGUGAAAACCCUAACCGGAAAUGGUAUCAGUGUGUUGCGACACCUUGAUAGAUUAACAGUAGGCCUGCGGCCGUAUACUUGUUCCUUUCUGGUUCCUGUGAAGUGGAAACGGCCCCCGUCAGUGUGCGUGGAUGCGUGUGCAUGUUAACGGAGGAAGAGAGGAAAAAAACACCACCACUGCCAGCCCUGCAGAACCAGCACCGUUUGUACAUUUAACGGCCAGGCCAGGUUUUUGUGUUUCAUCUGGGCAGCCCAGCUGCCUCCCUACCUCCAGAUGAAUGAAGAACACACCGGGACACAGAGACACAGCUGAUACAGGGCACUCAGGUGUUUCUGCCAGUAUGAUGAAGAAAAAGAAUCCCCACAAAAAACACAAGAGCAGCCUGGGUCCUGCCACCAAAGUCCUGUCUCAGCCUCACAACAACAUCGUCGGCUGCAGGAUUCAGCAUGUGUGGAAGGAGGGAGGGGGCCACGUAGUCUGGAAGGGGACAGUCCUGGACCAGGUUCCAGUGAACCCAGCUCUCUACCUGAUCAAGUACGAUGGUUUUGACUGUGUUUAUGGUCUGGAGCUCUACAAGGACGAGAGAGUUCAGGGUCUGGAGGUUCUCCCUGACAGACUGGCAAAGUCCCGUCUGACUGAUGUCAGCCUAGCCGAUGCCAUGAUUGGGAAAGCAGUUGAGCACAUGUUUGAGACAGAGGAGGGUCCGAAAGAGGAGUGGAGGGGGAUGGUUCUGGCUCGGGCUCCCAUCAUGACCACCUGGUUCUACAUCACCUACGAGAAGGACCCAGUCCUCUACAUGUACCAGCUGUUGGACGACUACAAAGAAGGAGACCUCCGCAUCAUGCCUGACUCCAACGACAACGUUCCAACGGAGCGAGAGCCUGGUGAGGUGGUAGACAGUCUGGUGGGUAAACAGGUGGAGUACGCCAAAGAGGACGGUGGUAAGCGGACAGGGAUGGUCAUCCACCAGGUGGAGGCCAAACCCUCUGUCUACUUCAUCAAGUUUGAUGACGACUUUCUCAUUUACGUCUACGAUUUGGUCAAAACCUCGUAAAGAGAACUAUAGUUUGCAGCGGCCGCCUGGUCUAAUACCAAAAUGCAACAUCUGCAGCAUUUGAUGAAGCGCUGACCCUCAGAUCAUCCAACACAAACCCUGCAUAGAUGCCACCUGAGAGAUGACACUAACCUUACGACCUUCCUUCAACUCCUCAGAUCGAGAAAAUAUCAUCAUUUGUCGGUGAUGGGGUUCAUUAUUGUCAUUCUGAGGCACGGAUAUCUGUCCAACGUUUCAGUUACACCCUGUUCUAUUAAAGGUGAUGGCAGCUUUUUAAAACCUGACAUCAGACAAUUACCAAUCUCAUGGCCUUUAAAGCAAACGAACGGAAUUAACAGCAGAACAAAACGAUACGAAGGAUUUUGAGAGUCUGCGGACAAGUUUGACUUGAGGAAGAAAAGACGUCUGCAGGUGGAUUGCACAGGAAAGAAAAAUGAAAGGAAGACCAGUCAAACAGAUUGUGUUUCUGUUUUUUUGUGGACAAUGUAAGACCAGAGCAAACGAUCCAGAACAUUUUCUACAAGGAUAUCUAUGAUGCAUCAAGUCUUUUGAAUUCAGAGAAGCACAUUUCUGCCAGAACCAAAUCAUAAUAGUAAAAAAUAUAGUUCAAAUAUACAAUAACUGUCAUAGAAAUAGAGAAACAGUAUUAAAAUAAUUGAAACUGUGUCAAUGUGAUUGAGGCAUACUUUUGAACCUAAUUUUUUACAUUUUUUUGUAAAAAAAAAACAAAUUCAUUAAUAUCACUAAUAUCUUACGCUCUACGGCUUUUGAACAGUGUUUGAUUUGAGAACGACAUUUCUAACACUGGCAGAAAUGAGCUUUUCUAAAAUCCAUGGUCCCAAGAACUGAUCCCUGCCGAGCUCCAAACUCUGAAGCUGUCUAAGGCCCAGGAAACCUGCUGUGUUGUUCAUGUGGCUCCGAACUCAAAACCAGCUGCAUGGUUCAGUCAAACACAGGGUCAUGUCCAUCCUGACAGGUGAUCUCUUCACAAACCACUUCUCAUUCUCAGUCUUUCUUUGAAUUUUUUACUCAUUACUAAAAACGUCCUCCUGUUGUGAUGUCGUGAGAUGUUCAAGGACAAUCGAGCAGCUGUCCUCCUAACUUCAUUGAAGCCUUUUUUAAAUCGCCAUGAAGGACAAGAGAAACGUCAGAACAAAAGUCAGACUGAGAGAUUAUUUUUCUGUUCUUCACUCCUUUGUUGCAAACAUUACAACAUCUGCGUCGGACCAACACCAGGAUGUGCACAGCCCUCGGUGGAAACACGAAUGUUUCAAGGAACAUUUGCACCUUAAACUUUCAGCAGAAGACUCUGGAAUAUUCCUUCUAUGGACAUGAGUCAGACGUAGCGUAAAGGUAUCAGGUUCUCAAGCCCUGGGUUACAGUUCACUACAAAGAUCUGGUUGCAAAAGAAUAUGUAUAGUUACUGAGGCUAAUGUCGGCACACAAACCACACCAUGACGGACUCCCGUAGCUGAGCUCUCAAUGUUCUGGUUUUCUGGGUCUGAAUUUACUUCAGAUAUUUAAGAAUAUCCAUUUUUAUGUAUGCAGUGAGAGAUGAGUAAAUGAGAAAGAGACUCAUGAGGAAAUGAAGGUUAAAUGAAAAAAAAAAGGUCCACAAAUUUCCUCAAAUGUGUUUUUUAUUUUAUUUGGUUUGCUUAGACUGAAGGACAGAUGUACCAAUAGGUUAACAGCGCCCUCUGUUGGUGGCUUUAACGUGCUUGAAAACACACAGUAGCAUGAAAGCACAUGGUUCCAACAGAAAUCUCCCUGGUCCUGCAGAGUCAAGUAAAUUGAAGUGUGAGUUCAGGGUUAAAGAACAAUUCCAUCAACAGAUGUGUAAGAACGACGAGGUAAAUAACAGUUGUCAGGUGUCGUGUUCUGAUGUCAAAAGUUCCUGUGUGUUUUUACAUGAUGUUUCUGUUUUAGAAAUGUCAACUAUUAUCAAGCUAUGUUGGCACAGGUGAAGGUGAAGUUCCUCCCUGUGGCCUUUGACCCCAGGUGGCCUUUGCCCUGGUGAUUUGAUGACAGGGUGGCUGUCAGUUGUGUAGUCCUGCAGGGUUCCAGUCCCUUCACAUGUCUGAAUUGACAAAUAUUUGGAGUUAGUGUCAAAAGAACUGGAUAAAGUAACAACAUUAUCACAGGAUUAAAAAAGGUUUUUAAUGCUACAUUUUGUACCAGUACAUACGGAAGUUUGAACAUUUCUGGUCAUUUUUGUUAGCCAAUGUGACCCAUAGCUAAAACCUAAGGUCAUCAGCCCCACCCCUCACUGCCUCCACUAGUGCAAAGUGGAGGAAAUACAACUCUGGUUUUUGUGCUAUAGUUGUUGGUACAUCUGCCUUGGAAAGUUUGUCAUAAACAUGUUCUGGAAAGAAACCUGUCACAUAUAUCACAAUUUAUUCAAACGUAUUUCAAAAAAAGGAAUUGGUGAAAGGUUAAAGGGUGAUGGAGGUCAUUUUGACCAGUUGUCAUAAUUUGAAAUAUUUAAAUAUCAAGAGAUUAAAAAAAAGUUCCAAAAGCACACCUAGCUGAUAUGAACAGUGUUGAAUUUGUCAUCACUUUUAACCCAAAGGCAAAUAUUUUUUAAUUAAAUAUGAACAGAUACAUAUAUGACAAAUAUACAUGUAUAUACACAUACAAUUAUGGUAAUAUAAGAAAACUACAACAUUCGAUUGUAAAAUAUAAAAAUUAUAGUGAAAUCAAACAUAACCAAAUGACAUUGAAACAGCUUUUUAAUUUCCUCCACAAGUAUCAGAAAUGACUGAUGAUUUUUUUAUUUUUUUUUUAAAACACAAAGCAUUAGCCGGCUCUGUCCAAUCAGGGCCCAGAACAGUUUAUGUCAAACCUUCAGUCUGUGCGUCCUGUGAUUUAGUUUGUUGAUGAAGCAGAAUUUUGCAGCUCUUACCAUAAACACACUAAGAUGAACAAAAAAAAAAACUACAACAGCCGAGUAGAAAAAACAGAUUCUAUCAGCGUCCGUCAUUUCCUGCACUUGUGUAUUUGUUUUCUUUCAAAGAAAACUUUGAUCGCUGUCAUUUCUGCCGACACUCUGUUCCAAAACCAUGAGCAACACAAGACCCAGGGUCACUGUCCCAUUUUGUCAUGAUACAAAAAUGGUGGUUGUUGUUGUUAUUAUUAUUAUUGUUGAUGUUAUUGAUGUGAGAAUGACACGGACGUUCUGCCAUUCCACUGCCUUGUACUUUGUUUUUUUUUAUGAUUUAAAAUAUGUGUCAAUAAUUUUUAUUGGUCAUGGAAAAAAAAACCUAAAA